AUGGCCCUCAUGGCCCUCAUGGCCCUCAUGGCUGGCAGGUACCGAGGCCAAGCCGCCAUGUCCACGCCGGGCAAUGGCCAUCCAUGCAUGGCCUGCAAAAAACGCGUCAAGCCCGACGUCGCUCCCCGGCUCGAGGGGCUGUGCCAUGUGUUCCCUCGAGUCGUCUUGCGUGUUUCCAGAACACCGCCGCUCUCGUAUCCGCCAGUGCAUCCAGCCGGUCUGUGUGCCGACACCCCUGUCGACGACAUUUCCACUUCCGGGCCGGCUUUCUAUGGCCGGGAAGCCGGCGCCGCCAACGAAUGGACGGACUCGACUGGCCGCGCCCAGGAUGCCAAGCUCACCGUCACUUCAAUCCGCCCCCUUGCGGCUGUCUGCUGUGGCCUCGUCGCUGCCGUGCUCGAGCGUCUCACCGAGCCGAUCCAAUGUCAUGUGCAUCUUCUGGCGUGUUUGUGA